CAGGGGGAUUCCUUUCUCCGGUCGUGAGGCUGCUUCUUUCUCUUUGCCCUGCGAGAGGUCCUGCUAGCAAGUCAUGAUGGUUGAGUCAGCCUCGGAGACGAUAAGGUCCACUCCCUCCAGCCAAAACGGGGUCAGCAGCCUCAGCAACCAGCCGGAUGGCGGCGGGGGGGGCGGCGGCGCGGGCGGAGGGGGCGGCGGGCGAGAAGGAGCUGCGAGCGGCGAGACCAACGGCGAGAUGAGCCCCGUGGAGCUCCUGCACUUCCAGCAGCAGCAGGCUCUCCAGGUGGCACGCCAGUUCCUGCUGCAGCAGGCCACGGGGCUGAGCUCCCCCAGCAGCAAUGAGGGCAAGCAGCCGGCGGUGCAGGUCCCUGUGUCCGUGGCCAUGAUGUCCCCACAGAUGAUCACACCGCAGCAAAUGCAGCAGAUCCUCUCCCCGCCCCAGCUGCAGGCCCUCCUGCAGCAGCAGCAGGCGAUAAUGCUGCAACAGUUGCAGGAAUACUACAAGAAGCAACAGGAGCAGCUUCACCUGCAGCUAUUGACGCAGCAGCAAGCCGGAAAGCAGCAACCCAAAGAGCCGUUAGGGAACAAGCAGCUGGCCUUCCAGCAGCAGCUCCUGCAGAUGCAGCAGCUCCAGCAGCAGCACCUGUUAAACCUGCAGCGCCAAGGGCUGGUGAGCCUCCCACCAGGGCAGGGCACCGUGCCCCUGCAGACCCUGCCCCAAGCUGUGUGCCCCUCAGACCUCCAGCAGCUCUGGAAGGAGGUCACAGCUGCCCAGCCUGUUGAGGACAGCAUUAAGCAAGAAGGUCUCGACCUCACCACCAACACCUCCAACUCUACCUCGUUUUCGGCCGCCAAGGUCUCGCCUCCCAUUUCCCAUCACCCUCUGCCCAAUGGACAGAGCUCCAUGCACACGCCGAGAAGGGACAGCUCUUCCCACGAAGAGACCCCCAGCUCCCACCCACUCUAUGGCCACGGAGAAUGCAAGUGGCCUGGCUGCGAAACCCUCUGUGAGGACUUGGGACAGUUUGUCAAACACCUCAACACAGAACAUGCACUUGAUGACCGAAGCACGGCCCAGUGUCGAGUCCAGAUGCAAGUGGUACAGCAGCUGGAAAUACAGCUAGCAAAGGAGAGCGAGCGUCUGCAAGCCAUGAUGGCUCAUCUUCACAUGAGACCUUCAGAGCCAAAGCCUUUCAGCCAGCCUGUAAGCCUGAACCUGGUCUCCAGUGCCACCCUCUCCAAGAGCACUUCCGACACGUUCCCCGACGGUUUACCUCAUCCCCCCACCUCGGCCACGGCGCCCAUCACCCCCCUGCGGCAGGGGCCCUCCGUCAUCAGCUCUUCCACUUUACACAACGUGGGGCCCAUCCGCAGGAGAAACUCGGAGAAGUUCUGCACCCCAAUCUCUUCAGAGCUUGCACAGAACCAUGAGUUCUACAAGAACGCCGACGUGCGACCGCCCUUCACGUACGCCUCGCUCAUCCGCCAGGCCAUCCUGGAGACCCCCGACAGGCAGCUAACGUUGAACGAGAUCUAUAACUGGUUCACGCGGAUGUUUGCCUACUUCCGGAGGAACACAGCUACCUGGAAGAACGCCGUCCGCCACAACCUGAGCCUGCACAAGUGCUUUGUGCGCGUGGAGAACGUCAAGGGAGCCGUCUGGACCGUCGACGAGCACGAGUACCAAAAGAGAAGGCCACCAAAGAUGACAGGGAGUCCGACCUUAGUCAAAAACAUGAUUUCAGGACUCGGCUAUGGAGCACUUAAUGCAAGUUACCAGGCUGCACUGGCAGAGAGCAGCUUCCCACUGCUCAACAGUCCCACCAUGAUCAACACCAGCUCGGCCAGCGGCAUGCUGCACGUGGGCCACGACGACGUCAGCAGCACCGUGGAGCAGGUCAACAGCAACGGCAGCAACAGCCCACGCCUGUCCCCUCAGCAGUACAGCCACCCAGUGCACGUGAAGGAGGAACCAGCCGAGGCAGAGGACGACAGCAGACCUGUCUCACUGAUGGCCACCACCAACCAGAAUGUGACGAUCCCCGACGACAGGGAUCUGGAGGAGGAGCUGCCAGUGGAAGACUUGUCCUAAGGACCCCUUCCUCCUCCCUACCGAGGGGCAAACCCUUCCAACCCUCCCAGACGGAGACCAAGCAACGGCUCCCACCUCCCCAAGGUGACCUUCAGCGUUAACCUGUUUCUUAAAGGCACUUCCACAAAGCAAAAGGGUUUCUUUGACGCGACAACCUGCUGCUGACGGCACCUCCCUCACGCUCCCCACUGCCCUGCGCUGCAGCCCCGGUGACCUACCGACCCUUGCCGCGGGCCCCCUCCCGUGGCACCAGAAGCAAAAAACCCAAGAGCUGGACUUUGCCUCUCCUCCUCCCUUGGUUAGUGACUGGUGAACGAGGAUGGUAGGUUGCUCCUGUCCGAAAUGGUCCCCUCCUUCCUUCCUUCCUUGUGCGCAACAGGCACAGGGAAGGUGCUUCUGCCCCCUCCUGCCCUGCGGCGCUCUGCCACUCCACGAUGCUCAAGCCUCUGCCAGUGAUCACCCUGGGGAGGGAAGGCGAUGGCAGGAACCUGCUGUUGUCUCUCUGUCCCCCAGUGGGUUUUGCACUAGGAGGGAUCGUGGACCCUGCCCACGGGCUGCCUCCACCCAGCUCUGGGGGAAGAAACAGCAGAAACGGAGGCGAGUCCUCUGCCGUGGUCUGGAUGUUGGGCUGGGGAAGGGCGAGGACCAGCGUGUCGGUGGGGCUGUGUCCCCUUUGCCUUGUCACCUCUGGCAGGUGGUUAAACUGCCCAGCAAGCAGAACACCCACCCUGGAUUGGCUGCCCUCCCCAGGCCCCCCCCCAGUCCCUGCUGGUGGGGGUGUUGGUGGCACCCAGCAGUGGUGACCAUCCCUGGCCGACCACCACUGCCAGGAACGAGGACACCUCUCCCCGCCUCCUUCUCAACGUCAGCUGCAGCAGGGACACCUCUCCCAGCCUGUGUGUGGAAGGCUGGUGGCCCAAUAACAACUUCGAGGAACAGCUCCUAGUCCUCUUCAUGCCCCUUUCCUCCUCCAGAGCCGGGGCAGGGUCUCCAAGGAUGGGCAAUGGCGUGGAGAGGAGGCAGCAUCCAUCACCACGGAGCACCUGCAGAGGAGUGGGCAGAGCCUGGUGGUGGCCACCCUGCUGGUAGCUGAGCUGACCUUGAUGACAGCCUGUGGUGGCCAUGGCUGGUGAGCCUGAGCCUGCUGCCGCCAGGGCUCCUGCUUUCAUCUUUUUCUUUUUGUUACCCUUUUGUGUGCAUCGGGGUGGGAAGAUACCAAAAGCUGUCUAGAGCCAGCAGGGCCGUAGCUGAGGUGACCAGAUGGUCUUCAUGCCAAAAAAUAAGAGAAUUAUCAAUAAUAACGAGAACAAGACAACCAAA